UGUUGAAAAUGAUGCAGCCAAAAGUAAAGAUCAUCAUUAUUGUUAACAUCAAGGUUUCCCAGGAAAUCUGUGGUAACUAUUAACAACUGGUGAUCAUUUCCUGAUACAAAGUAUGAUGAUUUUAGAACGUGAACAUCAGAAAUGAUCAAAAUUAAUAUAUAACACAGCACAUAUCCCAUUAUAUCCCAUUAAAAUAAGUGUCACCUCCACACGUGUGAGCAGUAAUGAUGAGCGUGUGCUCUGUCAUUGAGACCCCAGGCAGCAGAUCUGCUCUCUUUACAGGGUCACCACUUUCCCAGAUUCACUCAGUGUUCUCUAUGAGUCCAUCUCCAUCACCCCACCCCUCCACCUGCUCCCCUGAGACAUGGAUAUUGUCCUCUGCUAGAAGAACACUGAGCAUGUGGCAGCCCUACAUUCCUCAUUGUGUGUCCAAGCUCUCCCAUUGGCUCCAAACUGUGAGAACCUCCAACAAGCCCAAGACCCACACAUUCAUAUGGAGAUUUGGGAGUAUAAAUAGAGGAGCUGCAGCCAGUACAAAUCAGACCCACUCUACACAGAGAGAUCUACAGCACAGAGACACAGCCAUGGCACCAACCAUCACUUCAGCACUGAACAUCUCAAACGAGCACCUACCUCUGAACAACAAGCUGAGGAAGCCGAUGGUGGAGAAGAUGCGCAGAGAUCGUAUCAACAGCAGCAUUGAGCAGCUGAAGUCUCUCCUGGCUCCAGAGUUCCUCAACCAGCAGCCUGACUCCAAACUGGAGAAAGCAGAUAUCCUGGAGAUGACAGUCAGCUUCCUGAGACAAAAGCAGCAGCAGCAGUCUGUAUUCUCCUCCAGCUCAACAGCUGUCCACCAAGGCUUCUCCAGAUGUGUCCAUGACAUUGUUCACUUCCUGUCUAAAGAAGAGGUGAAGACACAGAGCCAGAGAAAACUGCUGAACCACUUCCAGAAUCUGCAGCCAUCUUCAGACGAGAACAGGAGGGAAAGUGUUGUGGUUCAGCUGAGCUCUACAGAGCAGCAGAUCAUCAGCAAAGAGAAGAGUUCAGUUAAGAGCUCCCUCUGGAGGCCCUGGUGAAGAGAAGACUCUAAAGCAGAAAAAACAAGUCUAUGUGGACUUUCAUGGUUUUAUUUCAAGUUCUGUGUGAACAGGAUCAUAUUGUUAAAACUUAACAUCUUAUUAUUGUCUUAUGGGCGAUAGACUGAUACCUUUCUACUUCAAGAAAGAUUCUUUAUGAAGAUGCUGGUAGAAUCCAGUUAGGAGCAACGUCGAGAUCUACAGUCUUGACAAUGCAGUACUGUAAUACUGAUAAAGUGUUUUCAGUUUCUGAAAUGUACUUUACAGUGCUUUUUUCCAUUUUAGGAAAAAAAAUACAUUGUUCUAUACUGAACUAACAUUUAUUUGAUCACUUUUAUUUCCUUGUGUGGGAGUAUAAUGCAUUGUAACACAUUAACACUUCUUUGUUGCCUUAUGGCAGUAUCCUUAAACUUUCAUUUUGGAGAAAGAUUCUUUAUAUGUUAGAAUGUUUUCUAAAUGGAGGCGCUGGAAACAACAAAUUCUAGCAGUCUUGACAUUCUGGGUCUAGGUUAGACACAAACUGAAUUUGUUUUUAAAUUCAUGUCAUUUUAUUUGCUAUUUCCAUUUUAGGAAAGCUUUAAGUAUUGUAUUUUCUCAUAUCAGUUCAAUAUUAGACAUGAGUUUGGGGUUAUUUUCUUGGCUUAAGCUCUGAGCAUAUUUUGAUCUUCUACGAUCACAUUGUUGAGAAUGUGUCCAUUAAUCUAAUGGGCAUCACAUUUUACAUUCUGACUGGUUACACAGUGUACUGUAUAAUCUAACCAGAAGAUAUAUGUAUCUUAUAUGCUUUCAAAGAAAGUAAUACCAUUUUCAUAUUAACCUUUCAGUGAUUGAAUAUGUUAAUAUGGCAUGAUAAAUAUACCUAUUUUAUGGUAUUGAUAUUUAGAAAACAUGCAUUUUGUCAUCCCCAGUAUCUCCUACAACAGUUUAUGCAAAAAUUCUGUUUUUUUCUCAUUUCUCUUGAGAAACAGUGUGUUCACAUUUUCUUCAUUCCACUUGUUGGAAGUUUCUUCUGUGUCUUUUGUAAAGACUGAUAAACUGUUUAAACUCUACUCGAUUAGGAGUGCCAGGUAGCUUGAAGAUUGCUUCAAGUCAAUGUUGUGAUAUGUUAUCAGAAAUGUUCUCGCCUGUGAGAGCGUUAUUCAGAUAUCAAGUGCAAAGAAAGAAAUAAAAAUGUGGCAACGACUCUUACCUCUUUUCUGA